GGCCAGCAAGUUAACUCAUGCAUUAUGAAAUUUCAAAUUAUGUUCUCAUUUAUAAUACCAGAUAUUUUUCAAUUGCAGAUUUAGUACCUCAAGACAGACCCUUAUGUGGAUUCCAGAUUCCUUUUUUUCCAGUUUGCUGAGUGGAAGAAUUUCAACGCUUCGAGAUGAAACUGGUGCUAUAUUUAUUGAUAGAGAUCCAGCAGCAUUUGCACCCAUUUUAAAUUUUCUUCGGACGAAAGAACUAGAUUUGAGGGGAGUGAGUAUCAAUGUGCUCAGGCACGAAGCAGAAUUUUAUGGGAUCACUCCAUUAGUACGAAGGCUGCUGCUGUGCGAAGAGCUGGAGCGCUCGUCUUGUGGCAGCGUCCUCUUCCAUGGCUACUUGCCUCCACCAGGUAUUCCUAGUCGUAAAGUAAACAAUACAACUAGAUCCUCUGCUGAGUCUAGGAAUGGACUAAAUUCUACAGAAGGUGAAGCUCGGGCAAAUGGUACCCAGCCUGUUCUCUCGGGAGGUGGGGAAGAGACAGUUAGGCUAGGAUUCCCUGUGGAUCCACGAAAGGUGCUAAUAGUGGCUGGCCAUCACAACUGGAUUGUAGCUGCGUACGCCCAUUUUGCUGUGUGUUAUCGAAUCAAAGAGUCCUCAGGAUGGCAGCAGGUGUUCACAAGCCCGUACCUGGAUUGGACCAUCGAACGUGUGGCUUUAAACGCAAAGGUGGUCGGCGGUCCCCACGGGGACAAGGACAAAAUGGUGGCCGUCGCCUCUGAAAGUAGCAUCAUCUUAUGGAGCGUUCAGGAUGGCGGCAGUGGGAGUGAAAUUGGCGUGUUCAGCCUCGGUGUCCCCGUAGACGCUCUCUUCUUCAUUGGGAACCAGCUGGUGGCCACGAGCCACACAGGGAAAGUGGGAGUGUGGAACGCUGUCACUCAGCACUGGCAGGUUCAAGACGUUGUUCCCAUAACUAGUUACGACACUGCCGGGUCCUUCCUCCUGCUGGGCUGUAAUAAUGGGUCCAUAUAUUACAUAGAUAUGCAGAAGUUCCCUUUGCGAAUGAAGGAUAAUGAUCUUCUUGUAACUGAACUGUAUCAUGAUCCUUCAAACGAUGCUAUUACUGCUCUGAGUGUUUACCUCACACCCAAAACAAGUGUCAGUGGGAACUGGAUUGAGAUCGCCUACGGUACGAGCUCCGGAGCAGUGCGGGUGAUCGUUCAGCACCCCGAGACGGUUGGGUCGGGCCCUCAGCUUUUUCAGACCUUCACGGUUCACCGGAGUCCCGUCACGAAAAUCAUGCUGUCGGAGAAGCAUCUGGUAUCAGUCUGUGCGGAUAACAACCACGUCCGGACGUGGACGGUGACGCGGUUCCGCGGCAUGAUCUCCACGCAGCCGGGCUCCACCCCUUUGGCCUCCUUCAAGAUCCUGUCUCUGGAGGAGACGGAGAGUCACGGCAGCUAUUCCUCUGGGAAUGACAUAGGGCCUUUUGGAGAGCGAGACGAUCAGCAGGUGUUUAUCCAGAAAGUCGUUCCCAUCACUAACAAGCUGUUUGUAAGACUCUCAUCUACUGGGAAAAGAAUCUGCGAGAUCCAGGCCGUUGACUGCGCCACCAUAUCCUCGUUCACGGUGCGAGAGUGCGAGGGCUCCAGCAGGAUGGGCUCGCGGCCGAGGCGCUACUUGUUCACGGGCCACACCAACGGCAGCAUCCAGAUGUGGGACCUGACCACCGCCAUGGACGUGGUCAGCAAAAGCGAAGGCGCGGAUGGAGGUGGCCCGACUGAAGAGGAGCUGCUGAAACUCCUGGACCAGUGUGACCUGAGCACGUCCCGCUGCGCAACCCCCAACAUCAGCCCGGCCACGUCCGUGGUCCAGCACAGCCGGCUGCGCGAGUCCAACUCCAGCCUUCAGCUCCAGCACCAUGAAACCAUCCAUGAAGCAGCCACUUACGGCUCCCUGCGGCCUUACAGAGAAAGUCCUCUGUUAGCACGGGCGAGGAGGACCGAGAGUUUCCACGGUUACAGGGACUUCCAGACGGUCGGUUUGAACAGAAACGUAGAAAGAGCUGUGCCUGAGAAUGGAGACUUGGGUCCGAUGCACGCUGAAGUGACCUGGGCAUCUGGGGGGCGUGACGUGUCUGAGAGAAAGUCCCCUGGAGCGGAAGGGAAAGGUGCGAGAGAGACCGAGGGUGGCCUGGAAGCACAUAAAAUAGCUGAAGCUUUUCUAGAAUCCAAGAAGAGGUCUUCAGAAGAUGAAAAUGAAAAUAAGGUGGAGUUAAAGAAGAAAGGAUUCGAAGGAGGAGGAUUCCUUGGAAGAAAGAAAGUUCCCUACCUGGCAUCGUCACCGAGCACCUCUGACGGAGGGACCGACUCACCCGGUACUGCGUCCCCUUCCCCUACGAAGACCACCCCGUCCCCUCGGCAUAAAAAGAGUGAUUCUUCAGGCCAAGAGUACAGCUUGUGAAAACUCACCAAAAGGAAAGUUCUUUGCUGAACUUGGAUUUCAGUGUAUUUAGCUUUUACACCAAAACUUCACAAAUUAAAAUUGGACUUUUCUAGUAGUAGCUUUUUAAGAGAAUGACCUGGAGUCAGGAGAUAAACUCUCUCUUCUGACCUUUUCAAAGAUUUUGUUUUACACGUACAUUUAACUGGUGAUUUGUAAAGCAGGAGUCCAUUUCGAUUUGUAGAUGCCCCGUGGGUUUUGGACCUGGCGCCCCACAUUGUACUAAGGUGGUGCCCGUCCAGAUGCGCGUCCCCCAGCGUGGGGACCACGGACUGCAGUCCUCAGCCCCGUGAUGCCUGAGACUCACCUUGCAUAUCCUAAGUGAAUCACAUCAUUUUCUUUGGAACUUAGUCUCUCAAUCCUUGUAGUGAUUACAGAGUGUUUACCAGAUAUUUAAUGAGGUGCUAUGUUUGUGAAAAAAUAUGUAAUUCAAAAACACUAAUAAUGUAGGAUACCAGAUUAUCCUGUGUAGUAGUAAGUCCCUUAGGAUAAUUUUAAUUGUUGGCGUUCUUAAGUCUUACCAAGUGUCACCAACAUUAAAUGCCUAAAGUCCAUUGAAACUUCUAUUAAAGGUGGAGCAAUUCUUUUUUUAGACAAGGACAAAGCCAUGAGUGUCCAGAAGGAAAAACUUCAGCAGCUGCUAGUCUGCCUUGAUUUACGGGCCACUAUUUUUUUUUCCAGUAUUAAUGAUCAGUAUAAUUAGAAUGUGGCCGUUUCGUUAAGCUUAUGAGAUUGUAGUUCUGAAUUUUGGGUUUUGGCUGCUGUAAAAAGGUUAUUUUGAAUAUAUUUUAAAUUGUAAGAAUAAAAAUUUUUUGUACUUUUCAUUUAAUUUUAAUGAUUUUCAAGUUUCUGCAGAAAUGAUAAUUAAUUGUAAACUGAAAGCAUUAAGCAUUUGCUGGUGAAAAUGCGUAUAUUUCCAUUCCAAGAAAUAUGACUGAAGUUUAAAUAAAUUCUCUGAAGUUUACCAUAUUGUCAGUGGUUUCACAACAGUUGUAUUUAUUUAUCAAUUAAGUCAAAUAAAAAUGAUUAAGACUA